AAUUAUGAUGAUGAUGAUGUCACCAGAAGCGCGUCGCUUCGCCACAGUUGUAAAGUCCAAUUACAAUAAGUAAAAGUGCACCGAAAGAGCUUAAAGCAAUUCCGAAGGCAGCGGACCUACAGUGCCAGUCAAGUGCAUUUAUGAACUUGCUGAGGCCGUCUUUAGCUCAACCUCGUUCCUCAGUCCGUUUUCCAUCAUUCUGAACGCUUCGUAGUUUGAGAAGAUGGAGUUUGCUAUGGUGGGCGCGGACAGCGGGGGCUGCAACACCCACCUGCCCUAUGGAUAUGCCCAGGCUCGCGCCAGGGAGAGAGAGCGCGAGCGGGAGCGGCAGUCUCGCGCAGCGGCGUCGGUGGCGGCGGUAGCCGAAGCCGGAACGGUCGGAGAGGGAGGUGGGUCCAGCGGCCAUCCCCACAACCAUCCGCAUCAGAGUCGCACCGCCUCUUCAACGAAUGCCAACAACAGUAGCGCCGGGACCGCCUCGCGCCCCUCCUCCUCCUCCUCCUCCUCCUCCUCCCAACAGCCGCAACAGCAACAGCAGCAGCAGCAACACCACGAGCCGCUACAGCAACUUCUCCGAGAGCGAAAAAAGCAACGAGGCGUCGCGCGCUGGAGACGGAACCGCGCGGCACUCGGCGGGGAUCUACGCCAAUCAGAGUUGGCGCUCCUAGGAUCCGAGGAGGACAUCAUGAUUGAGGAGGACGAGGCGGAGGGCGAGGAGGAAGAGGAGGACAGGGGAAGCAAGAGAUCGAGUUUUGUCUAUAACAUGGAUGAUGAAGAGGAGACGGUUUCGUUAACGGACAGGCGUCCUCAGUCAGGGUACGAAAAUGUUUACCACGAGUAUGGCUGCUGCGAGAGAGUUGUCAUCAACGUGUCGGGCUUAAAGUUUGAGACCCAGCUGAAGACUCUCGCGCAGUUCCCAGACACUCUCCUGGGGGACCCUGAGAAGCGAAUCAGGUACUUCGACCCUCUGCGUAACGAAUACUUCUUUGACAGAAAUCGACCGAGCUUCGACGCCAUUCUGUACUUCUAUCAGUCCGGGGGGCGCUUGAAGAGACCCGCCAACGUGCCGUUUGACAUCUUUUCCGAGGAGGUCAAGUUCUAUGAACUCGGGGAAGAGGCGAUGCUCAAGUUUCGCGAGGAUGAGGGCUUCGUGAAGGAGGAGGAGAAGCCGCUGCCCGAGGACGAGUUCAAACGCCAGAUCUGGCUGCUCUUCGAGUAUCCGGAGAGUUCAAGUCCAGCCAGAGGGAUCGCGGUCGUGUCAGUGCUGGUCAUCGUCAUAUCCAUCGUCAUCUUUUGCUUGGAAACAUUGCCAGAAUUCAGGGACGACAAAGAAUUCCUCAGCCCAGGUAAAAACUCCACGCAGGCGGACAAUGGAUUUACGCCGUUCAACGACCCCUUUUUCAUUGUUGAGACGGUGUGCAUCAUUUGGUUCUCGUUUGAGAUCAUCGUGCGCUUCUUCGCGAGCCCCAGUAAAGCUGAUUUCUUUAAAAACGCGAUGAACUCCAUAGACAUCGUCUCUAUUUUGCCUUACUUCAUAACUCUCGGCACAGACCUCGCCCAGCAGCAAGGCAACGGGCAACAGGCGAUGAGUUUCGCGAUCCUGAGGAUAAUACGACUCGUCCGCGUGUUCAGGAUCUUCAAACUGUCCCGGCACUCGAAAGGUCUCCAGAUCCUGGGGCACACUUUGCGCGCGAGCAUGCGAGAGCUGGCGCUGCUCAUCUUCUUUCUCGUCAUCGGCGUCAUCCUGUUCUCCAGCGCGGUGUACUUUGCGGAGGCAGACGAGCCCUCGUCUCAGUUCACCAGCAUCCCAGACGCGUUCUGGUGGGCUGUAGUGACCAUGACCACGGUGGGCUACGGGGACAUGAAGCCCAUUACGGUCGGGGGCAAAAUCGUGGGCUCGUUGUGCGCCAUCGCUGGUGUCCUGACCAUUGCGCUUCCAGUUCCUGUCAUCGUGUCCAACUUCAACUACUUCUACCACCGGGAGACUGAUAACGAGGACCAGGCGCCCGUUGUGGAACAGCCUCCGCCGGGCUGUCCGUACUUUCCGGAUUUCCUGAGAAAAUUCAAAGGGUCCCCAUCAGGGUCGUCUUUGGGGGACAAGGCGGCAGAGUACAUGGAGAUGGAGGAGGGCGUGACAGAAUCUCUGUGCGGGGCUGACACGCAGAGCCCGAGCAGAGGGAACGGUACUGACUUAGGCGGAAAAAACAGUUCACAAUCACGAACUCUACAGACAGAUGUAUGAUUAUGGACGAACGAUAACCUCCUCGGGAGGUUUUCAUAAAGAUGACUGCACAAAUGGAUCAGUUAACAGCACACAUGCACAACUUGAAGACAUAUACACAGUAGGCGCGUGCGCAAAC